GCCCGGGAAAAGAACACAGAAAUUAAACGAGAGAUAAUCACGCAAUAAAUGACUAAAAGUAGUCGGACAAACCUCAAAGUAGGUACUCCCAUAAUCCAUCGAACAAUCAUAAUUAGCUAAUGCUUGUGCACGUUGAUUAGCUUCAUGAUAGAAAUGAUAAACAACAACUUCCCAAUCCACGUUGAUUAACAUGAUACUGAAAGAGUUGACAACAUGACUCUCUUUAAAAAAAAUAAAAAUUCAUCUCUAACUAUGGAUAUCCUCACUUUGAAUAUCAUAUCCUCACUUUGAAUGUCUUUAACACUUUGAAUAAUAAGUCAAGUCUCAAACACUGAAGUCACCAACAACGGUGCCACCGGAAAAGCUUGUUUCGUCUUUAACCGAACCAUCUCUAACUAGGGAUUCUGAUUCUAAUUGUAAUUGCUCCCAUGCUUCAUUCGAAUCACCACCGUUAUUUGCUUCUGUUUCCACCAGAUGAAGAUAUUUUCGUUGGUCACCGAGCAAGGGGUUCUCAACUUCCUUAUCCGACUAAUCCCCAAACCAAUUCCUCGCUGGAACCACCGGACAAGGGGUCCCAACCUUUGAUUAAAAGUGGUGCUUCCGGCGGCGUGUUAAUCUUGGACGUAAAACUUUUGGCCGGAACCCUAAAAGAUUCUUACUCAUACAUGUAUUUGUGAGGAAAAAAAAGGAUUGAAACAAUGUCUACCCCUGAUAACGCCACACCGGAUAAUGCCACCCCUGACAAUAGUACCCCUGACAAUAGCACCCCUGACAAUAGUACCCCUGACAAUAGUACCCCUGAUGACGCCGAUAACUCUGAUUCACAACCACCACCUUCAGAAUCACCACCAGAAUCACCACCACCAUCACCGCCUUCAGAUUCCCCGCCGCCUCCUUCACAAUCACAACCUUCUCCUCCACCACCUACAUCAAACAAUCCAUCCCCACCAUCACCCAAUGGAGCGGUUCAUUCUUCACCACCACCUCCACACAAAUCAUUACCAAAGAUUCAAACCGAAAGCGAAACCUUGUAUGAUAAUGGAAACUCCAACAACAAUAACAAUGAUAGUACCAACAAUGAUAAUACCAAUAAGGCAUUAAUUGGAGCCGUGCUUGGGGUGGGGGCAGUUCUUCUCAUUUUGGUUGUCGUCUGCCUUGUUUGCUCCAGGAAGAAGAAAAGAAAGCAAACAUACUAUUAUGGAGAUCACCCAUCUCGUGCACAAGGGAAUAGUAACUAUUACAACAAUGAGCCGAACCCAAAUUACUACGGAGGUCCACAUGGGGAUCAUGUUGUUAGGCUACAAAAUGGAAUGGGUCCUGGUGGAAUGGGUCCUAGUGGAAUGGGUCCUAAUGGUGGUGGUGGUGGUUGGGGUGCACCACCACCUCCUCCUAACCUAAUGAACAGUGCAGACAUGAGCUCAAAUUACUCAACUGGACCACCACCUUUGCCUCCUCCUUCACCAACCCUUGCUUUAGGGAUUAAAGGAGGCACAUUCACUUAUGAGGAAUUGGCAGCUGCAACCAAUGGAUUCAUUGAGUCAAAUUUGAUAGGACAAGGUGGUUUUGGUUAUGUCCAUAAGGGUGUUUUACCUAGUGGAAAGGAAAUAGCUGUCAAGAGUUUAAAAACGGGUAGCGGACAAGGAGAACGAGAGUUCCAAGCCGAGAUUGACAUCAUUAGUCGUGUUCAUCAUCGUCAUCUUGUUUCACUUGUUGGAUACUGUAUAUCUGGUGGCCAAAGAAUGUUGGUCUAUGAAUUUAUUCCAAAUAACACUAUGGAAUAUCAUCUUCAUGGAAAAGGUCGACCUACUAUGGAUUGGCCAACUAGAAUGAGGAUUGCAAUAGGUUCUGCUAAAGGGCUUGCUUAUCUUCAUGAAGAUUGCCAUCCUCGCAUCAUCCAUCGUGAUAUCAAAGCUGCAAAUGUCCUUAUUGAUGACAGCUUUGAAGCAAAGGUUGCUGAUUUUGGAUUGGCUAAGUUGACAACGGAUAAUAAUACUCAUGUAUCAACUCGUGUCAUGGGAACAUUCGGGUACCUAGCUCCUGAAUAUGCAUCAAGUGGAAAAUUGACAGAGAAGUCUGAUGUUUUCUCAUUUGGGGUCAUGCUAUUGGAACUUGUAACUGGGAAGCGACCUGUGGAUGCCUCAAUUACCAUGGAUGACAGCUUAGUGGACUGGGCUCGACCACUAUUGACUCAUGGACUAGAGGAUGGAAACUUUGGUGAGUUGGUGGAUCCAUUUUUGGAAGGAAACUACAAUCCUCAAGAACUCGCUAGAAUGGCAGCUUGUGCUGCCGCUAGCAUUCGUCACUCUGCCAAGAAACGUCCUAAAAUGAGCCAGAUUGUGAGAACAUUGGAAGGAGAUGUCUCGUUGGAUGACUUGAAGGACGGAAUUAAGCCAGGGCACAACACUGUUUACACCUCUUCAUCAGGUAGCUCAGAGUAUGACACAAUGCAGUACAACGCUGAUAUGCUGAAGUUCAGAAAUGCAGUGUUUAACAGUAACAGCAAUGACUUUGGCACCAGCAGUUUCUCCAGUGGCGAUAUGAACCCAACACCAAAGGCGAGACCGCCACAACCAUUGCUUUAAGCUGUUGAUCAUACAUGUGGAAGGAAUUAUAGGGACAAAAAUUCAAAGGGGUUGUAUUUGUUUGAUGUAUAUUGUUUCCUUGUCAUCAUGGGAAAGUAAUUAAUGUGUUAUUCUGUGGAGAAUUUGAGCUUGAGGCUCUGUUGGGGGGUGCAUUUGAGGUGUACGUUUAUGCUAAGGGGAUUGUUUCAUUAAUUUGUUCACUGCUUUUAUAUCAAAUGUAAUGUAAUAUGAUAUGAUUACUGUGUGCUUAGAUUUAUACGUAGUCAUACCUUGGAAUGCAGUGCAUAGACAUGAUUAACCACUCAUAUUAUUGGAUUCAAGUUUCUUUCUAUAUGUAUUAAUAUGUGUUUGUUUCGCAA